AUGGCCCCAAAGGUUGGUUCACAUACUCGUUCUAGCAGUUUACCUUCAAGAUCUCACCCUGUAACUUCCAAAGUGGAGGAGCAUUUGAACAGGUUAAAGGCCUCAGAAGCCACAUCAACAUCAUCAGUAUGCUACAAAUUGAGAGCACUCGAAGACUUAUAUGAGUGUGUUGAUGAUAUGCUUCAGUUGCCAGUCGUCCAACAAAUCCUGUCCAAUAAUUGUCAUGACAAAUGCAUCGAAAAUCUGUUGGAUGGAUCCCUCACGGUGUUGGAUGUGUGUAGCUCAACGAAAGACAUCUUGUCACAGCUAAAGGAUUCUGUUCAAAAUUUUGAAUCUUCCCUACGAAGAAAGAGAGGAGAAACUGGCCUUGCUAAUGAAGUUAGAAACUACAUGAACUCUCGAAAAAACAUCAAUAGGGUGGUCUGCAAGAUUCUCAGAAAUUUGAAGGGAAACGAAAAGAAACAGCUUCUUGACAAGGACUGCAAUCUUCUAGCUGUUGUUGGCAUUCUAAGAGAAGUUGAAGAGAUUAGCUUCUUAGUUUUUGAGUCCGUCUUAUCAUCCAUUUCUCAGUCCAAGGCAAGAGCAAAGCCUGGAAGCUGGUUCAUCAUUUCAAAGUUGAUGCGACCAAAACGAAUAGUUUGCGAAGGAGAAGUUGAGGAGAUUGAUGAAUUGGAUGUUGUAAAUGUGGGCAAAUGCACAAGUUUUGAGCGAUUGCAAAUUUUGCUCAAGUCUUUGAAGGCAUUAGAAUCAAACAUCCAGGAUCUUGAGGAUGGAUUGGAGAGGAUGUAUCGGCGUCUUAUCAAAAGCAGAGUCGCCCUUCUCAAUAUUCUCAGCCAAUAG